AACAUGCCAAACUGCCAUAAAACGACGAGUUAAAAAGCUCUCGCCAUGUUUGGCCCUCAAUUAUGUUCACAAGAAGAGCUCUCACAUAACAUGUGAGCUCGGCACGGGACUACUCAGACCUGCCACUGUUCCCUUGUGAAUAUCCCCAACUCUCCCCCCCAACCUUCAGAACACGCCCUUCCUCUGCCCAUUUCCUGUAAAAUUGUAACCUCCAUUAUUUAGGAUGGUACCUGAAGGACAAGGAGCAAGCUUUUCCAUACCUACCUAAACUACUCCCAUUUACAAUAUUCCAUAAUCAAUACAGUCAGAACGCUCCGAUUUCUAAGCAGACACAGUAUGCGGGACCCUCUUGCUUUUAGCCUCUGGGCUUUCUUCCUCGUCAUGGUUCCUCCCUUGGUCGCCUCAUAUGCUGGGCCUUCGUAUGAUUACACUGCUUACACCGAGUGUAAAAAACAGCCGGAGGCGGCACUUUACAAGGGAGGGAUUCUCAGCAAUCAGUCUGUGAGCCGGAUUAGCGUUUCUGCAAUUAGUGCCAGUGCGAAUUCGCCGGCCUUGAUAUUGUACAAUCUUACCCAGGGCACCAUUUAUUGCUUCUCCAGUUGGGUCAAGAUAGAAGGUGCAGAGUCAGCUCUCUUAAGGGCAAGCCUGAAGACAGAAGACACGAGCUAUGACUGUAUAGGGACUGUUUUGGCCAAGUGUGGAUGCUGGUCAUUUCUCAAGGGUGGAUUUGUUCUGAGUUCAACAUCUCAAUUAUCUAUCCUGUUCCUUCAGAGUUCGGACAAUAGGGAUAUCAACAUAGCAAUUGCAAGCAAUUCAAUACAGCCAUUUACCAGGGAGCAAUGGAGUACAAAUCAGCAAUAUAUGAUUAACAGUCAAAGGAAGCGUGCCGUGACAGUCCAUGUCUCAGAUGAACACGGAGAACGGUUGCAAGGGGCAGCUAUUAACAUAGAACAAGUAUCAAAAGAUUUCCCUUUUGGAUCUGCAAUAGCUAAGACCAUUCUCGGAAAUCUGCCAUAUCAAAAUUGGUUUACUAAGCGAUUCAAUGCAGCAGUGUUUGAAAAUGAACUCAAGUGGUAUGCCACAGAGCCAAAGCAAGGGAAGGUCAACUACACCAUUGCAGACCAAAUGGUGGGAUUUGUUCGAGCUAACCAAAUCAUGGCUAGAGGCCACAACAUAUUCUGGGAGGACCCAAAAUACACUCCAGCAUGGGUUCUUAACCUCACGGGUCCUGAAUUACAAUCAGCUGUCAACUCACGCAUACAGAGUCUGCUGAACAAAUACAGUGAAGAAUUCAUUCACUGGGAUGUCAGCAAUGAGAUGCUGCACUUCGAUUUCUACGAGCAACGCCUUGGCACUAAUGCCACAUUGCAUUUCUAUGAGAUAGCACACCAGUCUGACCCUUUGGCAACACUGUUUAUGAACGAGUUUAAUGUGGUCGAGGGCUGCAGCGAUGUGAAUUCCACUGUUGAUACCUACAUCUCAAGGCUGAGAGAACUCAAACAAGGUGGUGUUUCGAUGAAUGGAAUUGGUCUAGAGAGCCACUUUACGGUACCAAACCCUCCACUAAUGAGAGCUAUUUUGGACAAGUUGGCCACGCUAGGGCUUCCCAUAUGGCUUACUGAGGUGGAUAUUAGCAAUGCACUUGAUAAAGAACAACAGGCCAUUUACUUAGAAGAAGUAUUGAGAGAAGGUUUUUCGCAUCCUUCAGUGAAUGGGAUAAUGCUUUGGACUGCGCUCCAUCCCUAUGGGUGUUACCAAAUGUGCUUGACUGACCAUAAUUUUCAAAAUCUGCCGGCUGGAGACGUGGUUGACAAGCUCCUGAAAGAGUGGCAAACUGGGAAGAUUGAGGGUGAGACAGAUGAGCAUGGUUCUUAUAGCUUUUAUGGCUUCUUAGGAGAGUACGAAAUAAGUGUUAGAUAUGGAAACAGAAGUGCAAAUUCAACGAUCUCGCUUGGUCGAGCAGAUGAAACUAAGCACUAUAACAUUCGAUUGUAAACCAAAAAAAUAGUAUUGAUCAGUAUGUUUGGCAUGAAAACAAUAAAAUUUCUGUUAAAGCCUA